AUAUAAAUACAAUUUUAAGUUAACAAAGACUGCCCUAAUUAUAGUAUCUUUAGUAAAUGAGUUAAUUCUUACAAUGAGAAAUAUUUUAGUAGUUUUGGUGAUUGUAGUUGCAGCUACAGCAUCUACAGAUGAAGAAAAAUGGACCAAUUUCAAGAUUAGCCAUAACAAAGUAUACAAAAAUAUUGAAGAGCAUAAUCAUCGAUUUGAAAUCUUUAAGAAAAAUCUUAUCCGUAUAAAAGAACAAAACGAGAAGUACGAAAAAGGAGAAUCAACUUUCAAGUUCGGAAUUACUCAAUUUGCAGACCUUACCGAAGAAGAGUUCCUAAGUCGUUUUAAAUCCGAUAGCAAUUCUAAAUUAACCGAAAUAAAAAGGAUUGUCUCUUCUUCUAAAAGUAAAAGUAAAAUUUCUGAUGUAUCAGAUGAUUUUCCAGAACAAUAUAACUGGGUCCACACUGGAGCAGUGACACCUAUAAGAGAUGUUUUAUAUUGUGGUGAUUGCGUAGCUGAAAGUGUGGUAGCAGCUGUAGAAGGUGCUGAGUUUAUAAAAAGUGGAAAUCUAAUACAGCGAAGUUCUCAACAAAUAGAAGACUGCGCUUCUUUGGAUACAGAUGAUACGUUAAUAGGUUUGGAAACGGUCCUUAAUUACACCAGAGAUGUCGGUAUUAUGACAGAGAAGGAUUACCCUUGGCAAUUUGAAAGUCAGGAUUGUCAGAUAGACAACAUUACCGCCACUACACCACUGAUACAAACAACUGACUGGAUAACUGUUACAGAGGGAGAUGAGGUAGAGUUACAACGUACAGUUUAUCUUGUAGGACCUGUAGUGGUUGCCAUAGAUACAAGCGUUAAUUAUAUGCUGUAUGUAGAUGGUGUACUGGAUGAUCCACUUUGUGAAAAUACAAAGAAUGAUUUGGAUACCACUCUUCUACUUGUUGGUUAUGGUGAGUCUAAAGAACAGGGUCAAUACUGGAUUCUUAAAAACUAUUAUGGCACGUUAUGGGGAAAUGACGGAUACCUUUGGUUGAGAAGAAACAAGAAUAAUCAAUGUGGUAUUGCUACCUCAGGUGUUUUUCCAGUUCUCAGUUUUCCAUAAUGUGUAUAUUUAACAUUAUAUAAAUUUAAAAAAUAAAAUUUCAACAUUU